UCCUUCUGGAGUCCUGCCCAACAACAUAUUCGCGCGUGUCCUCUCGCAACCUUAGCCCAUGAAUAACGUAAGGUUGAGUUCAUUGCCACAGCAUUGUGUCAUCAGCAUCUGACCUGCUACCGGGACAGUAUUUGCACUUAUCGACCGAUCAGUAUUGCGCGGGUUGAACAGUGUCCCCAUAAUGGCUACAAGCCCACAGGGAGUGUCUUACAAGGACCUGUCACACUUCGUUAAUGUAGACGGACUGCAUAUCUAUGCAAGAAGCUGGGCUCCCGCCGACCAGUCAAAGCUGCGGGCGGUGUGUUUACUACUACAUGGUUUAGCCGAGCAUAGCGGUCAGUACGACAGAAUCGCUAUACCAUUGACUGGGUGUGGUGUUAUGGUAUAUGCCCACGAUCACCUUGGUCAUGGACAAAGUGAAGGUGAUCGAAUCGAUAUCAAGGACUUUAAUAUGUAUGUGAGAGACAGUUUACAACAUGUUGACAUAAUCAAGAAGAAGUUUCCACAUCUACCUAUCUUUCUGUAUGGCCAUUCCAUGGGUGGAACUAUGGUCAUACUAGCCGCUAUGGAGAGACCAGAUCAGUUUGCAGGAGUAGUUGCGUCUGCGCCGGCUAUCAAACUAAACGAAAAAUUGGCAUUAAUAGCUUCAACACAACAUACACUGGAUUUAAAUAUGGAAGAUCUGAGCAGAGAUCCCGAAGAGAAUGAGAAGUCCGAGACCGAUCCAUUGGCGCAGUUCGAGGCAAUUAAACCUGGAUUUGUUUCCCAGUUAUUGGAUAUCUGUCUGAAGAUUCAGCCAAAGAUAUCAUCAAUUAAGUGCCCAUUCUUGGCGCUUCACGGGGACGCUGAUAAGGUUUGUGAUCCGCAAGGAUCCAGGAUGUUGAUGGAAAGAGCACAGAGUAGCGACAGAAAAUUAGUGCUUUACCCGGGAUACUAUCACGAUUUACACCGAGAACCACCACAGGAGGCAGCGUUGGUAAUCAGAGAUAUUACGUCAUGGAUUGGAACAAGGUUACCAGAGAAUCCGCCCAAACCAGAUAACUGUAGACAAUAAGAGCAGCAACGUGUAAUUGUAAUCGAGUCCCAUAAUCGACAAUGAGAUUACUAUUAAUUAGGAAAGUUGAUUUAUUAGUGGUUCAUUUUACUAUGAUUAGAGUAAUUGAAACUUAUAUUCCAUUUUUGUGAGCAUGUGAUUAUGAACAGUGCCCCCAUACAUAAUGAUGUCAUCGUUGGUUAUAUAUUUUAACCUAUCAACUUGAAGAUAUUGUAUUCUGAUUUGAGUCCUUUGUGUGAUUUGAAUUGAGUUGCUGUCAAGACAUCAUUGAGUUAAACGCUGCAUUCUUGACAGUGUUAAUCACACAGGUCAUCAAUAUUAAUAUUCUGGUUAAAUAUCUUCUCUGUAGAAUAGGUAUGUGCUAAGUAUGUUCUAAAAGUUAAAUAUAUCUAUAUAUUACGUAAAUAUUAUUUUAAUUUAUAG